AUGAAUGCUGUCAACUUUAGUCGCGUAGAAGCUCAAGUUCUAGCUGCUCGCAAUGAGGCACCAAAGCAACAAUUACCGCUUCGACGCGGCCAUUUCGGCCGUGUGCGAAUGUCCAGAGACGACGUGAACCGGUACAUUGCCACGGCCAAGUCGGUUCUAAACACUGCUCUGGAAAAGUCCCGAGAAGACCGUCAAGUUAGCAACGUCAAGUACCGCUCGUGGAAACAGCUCGGCAGGUCUCAUGCGGGAUUCAAACGUCUCACGAAGAUUGAUGAUAACGGAAGAGACGUGCAGUAUCGCCUCCAAGGCACGGUCCAGGCAUCUUUUCAUGACUUGAUGGGGGUCUUGUACGCCGAUUCCACGGCUCAGGUCAUCGAGCGUCGAAAGUUUUUAUCCGACGAUAGUCUCGAUGCCCAGACGCUGUGUGUGCUCAAAGAACGCAGUAAGGAGAACAUGGAGGAGCACAUUUCAAUUCGGUGGGAAGCGAUCAACUUGAGUAACAAUAGUCCCAUCUACCAGCGGGAUAUGUGCUACCUCGAGUUUACAGGUGUGACUACAGACGUGGAUGGAAGAUCCGUCGGCUUUAUGAUCAAGCAAGCUCUUGACCACGUCAAUUGCAUGUCGCUCAAAGACUCACAUGGAUUAGCACGACUGGAGCUGACUGAGAUUAUGCUCCUCGAGCGAUCCAAAGACUCGACUAGCCGCGUUGAUAUCACUCUGGACGGUGUCCUUCGACGUCCGACAAAAGUGCCAGCAUGGCUUAUCAACUCGUAUCUCGGCACGACUGCCACUUGUCUAAGUAAGCUCCCACUUGUCGUCCAGGAGCGGUUGUUAGCAAGACUGCCCAUGCUGAGUACGUGGCAGUUCGUGCCGCCUUCAUCCCGGAAAAAGUGCCACGUGUGCGCCACCCGCUUCGGGAUCUUGGCCAUGAAGUUCAACUGUCGCAGUUGUGGAGACGUUGCGUGCAAGUCCUGCAUUGUAACUCGAACGGUGGGCGAGACUACCAAGUUUUGUACCAAAUGUAUCCUUAGAGUAUCUACCGAGGACGCUGGAGCAGCAGCAGCGGCUACAUUGGCGGCUUGUCCAUCUGAAUGUAGCUCGGCUUCGUUUACUACAUCUACAUCCUCAACGGGCAGUUGUAGUCAUCGGGAUUCGGAAGUCCCGGCAUUGACUUCAACUACUACAACUACAACGUCGUCCAGUCAAAGUGAGAGACGAGCGGUGACUGAUUCACGGAUGCGAAUGAACACGAAAGUGCUGGAAAACGUCAAAGAUUGUCGAUGUUAUGGGUCACUCGACGAAGAAGUUGACGAGACGUUGGAUACAAAGCACAUGCUCCGACUGGAUGCCCGUGACUUUUUACCCGUGCUUGGUGAUCAAAGUGGUGGUCAAAGCAGUCGACAAAAGCCAAGAUCUGCUGGAGCUGUGGAGGACUCGAUCGCUCACCAGCGAUACUUGAUACAAGAGAUGCUGUCCCAGGCAAGCAACUGCCAUCAGCAGCGGACUCGGGUGUAA